AUGGUGGUCCAGCGGAGGGAUGAGGAGCAGCCGAGCAGGCUGGCUUCGUACCUGGCUCGACUGAACCCGGUGCCGGCCUUCCCUCAAUAUACCGGACCUCACAAAGUCGGCACCAUCGAUGUUGAGAUCCCCGUCUCCGACCUCGAAUCGCCCAGCCCGGCUCCAGAAGGUGCCGCCGCCAUCCACACGAUCCAGUUCCGUAUCUUCUACCCGGCUGGCCCGGAUUCCAAUGGCGGAAAGAUCAAUUGGCUUCCCGCUCCCCAGCGCCAGCACAUCACCGCAUAUACCACCUUUAUGGGCCUCGCACCCUUACUGGCCGAGGUCGUCUCAUUUCUGCCGCGCCAUCUGCACUACGCCACCCUCCCCGUCCACAAGAACGCCGCCCUCCUCGAGCCCGACACCCCCAGCAAGCGAUGGCCGACCAUGGUUUUCUCUCACGGCUUGGCGGGGUUUCGCAAUGCCUACUCCUACUUUGCCGGCUCCAUGGCCAGCCACGGCGUGGUCGUGAUCUGCCCCGAGCACCGAGACGGUAGCUCUGUCGUGUCCUUCAUCCGCGACCCUGCCCGCCAAAAUGCGUUUCUCAGACGGAAUCGGGGUAGCGUGGUGCCCUACGUCCGCAUCCCGCACACAGAAAGCCCCGAGAUCUGGGCUGCUCGCAACGCUCAACUGAGGAUCAGGCUCUGGGAGCUCGGCCUACUUCAUGACGCCAUCCUUCGGCUCGACGAGCAGCCCGAUUUUGCCAACCUCAACCUGUCUACGCCACAAAAUGCCUUGGCUCAGUACCGAGGCAAGCUCGCGGUCCAGGAACCAGGCAGCAUCAUAUGGGCUGGGCACAGCUUCGGAGCAGCAACCGUCGUGCAGUUCAUCAAGAGCACCUACUACGCCGAUGAACCUGCUGUGGCCGCCAUGGCUGAGCCUCUUUUCAGGCCAGCACGAGGCUCGCGUCUGAGGCAGGCCAUCACGGAGAAGAACCCCACCAUCCUGCAAGACAUGUGGUGCUUCCCUCUGCUUGCCGAGUCGUCUCGGCCCCUGUGGAACCUGCCUCUCCCGGCAUAUGCAGAUGUCCCCACGGCGCCCGGCGGCAAGGCCUUACUGGCUGUAGAAUCGGAGAGCUUCUUCAAGUGGACGAAACAUCUGCACGCCACUGCCCGCGUCCUAUCGCCCGACCCAACAGCCUCGUGCGUCGUGGCUUCGGCCUUUGGCAGACCGAGCGGUCUGCAGCUCCCCGAGCCCAGUGUGUUUUACGUCGAACAAAGCGCCCACCUGAACCAGAGUGACUUUGGUGUUUUGUUCCCCUGGCUGACUGGUAAAAUGUUUGGCGUCAAGGACCCGGAGCAGUCUCUGCGCCUGAACUUGCGGGCUGCCCUGCAGAUGCUUCGUGCCAACAGUGUCCCUGUAUCCCGUACAUCUUUUGCGGACCUGGUUGAUGGCGAACUUGUGGACAAACCUGGGGUGCGUGACGCCCACGAUGACCGCGUUGCGGACGACGGAGUUCUCGACGACGAGAAAAUCCUGAGCCGGAGCGAGCCCACAGGCAUUCAAUCCUGGAGGUGGGUCGACAUCAUAGGGCUGGGUCAGGAGACUGGCUCCCUUGAGCAGGGCAAGGCAGACACCACGUCACAACUCGACGCCGACGGGACGGAUGAAGAACAGCAAAUGGAGCCGGAACUCGAACCGCAGCUCAGCCGACCUGGCAACGUUACAGGGGCCAUGUCGGGUGUUGCCCCAUCGGCCAACAGCGCCUGA